ACGGCCACGCCCUGCACUCUUGGCUCUCGCACACAGACGCACCGCACCCCCGAGACAGCAGCCAAGAAUCGAAGCCAACGACAUCCAUUGCCGGCACAGGCUGCAGGCAUGGCGCGUGCUCUCGGCGACGCGCUCCUCUUCUCCGCCGGCGCCGCGGUGGCCACGGUGCUGCUGCUCACGGCCUCCUCCUUCUUCUCCCUGCCCGACGCUUACUGGGCCUCAAUCCAGCUCGAAUCGGCAUCGUCCUUCGGCGUUCGCACGUUCUACGACGACCCGGAGGUAUCGUACACCAUGGACCGCCCCAUCACCGGGUGGGACGCCAAGCGCGCCGCGUGGAUCCGCGCGCACCCGGAGCUACUGCAUCAGCAUGCCGCUCGCGGCGAAGGCGAGCGCGUCCUGAUGGUGUCCGGGUCGCAGCCGGCGCCGUGCGGGGCCCCGCGGGGAGACCACUUCCUCACGCGGCUGCUCAAGAACAAGCUGGACUACUGCCGCCUCAACGGCGUGGAGCUGCUCUACAACACGGCGCUGCUCCGGCCUUCCAUGGGCCGGUACUGGGCCAAGCUCCCCUUGGUCCGGGCCGCCAUGGUGGCCCACCCGGAGGCGGAGUGGGUCUGGUGGGUCGACUCCGACGCCGUGCUCACCGACAUGGACUUCCGCCUCCCGCUGCGCCGCUACCGGCGCCACAACCUCGUCGUCCACGGCUGGCCGCGCCUCGUCUACGACUCCGGUGCCGCCGGGCCGUCCUGGACCAGCCUCAACGCUGGCGUCUUCCUCCUGCGCAACUGCCAGUGGUCGCUGGACCUCAUGGACGCCUGGGCCGCCAUGGGCCCGGACUCCCCGGACUACCAACGCUGGGGCGCGCUGCUCACGAAGACGUUCAAGGACAAGGCGUUCAACGAGUCGGACGACCAGUCGGCGCUCGUGUACUUGCUGCAGCAGGACGGCAGCCCGUGGCGGCAGAAGGUGUUCCUGGAGCACGAGUACUACUUCGAGGGCUACUGGCUGGAGAUCGUGCCGCGGCUCGGCAACAUCUCGAAGAGGUGCGAGGCGAUGGAGCGGCAGGCGGCGCCGGAGAUGAGGAAGCGGCGCGCCGAGAGGGAGGCACGCCGUGGCCGCGGAGACCGGGCUGCAGCUUCACGGGUCGAGGGCUGGAGGCGGCCCUUCGUGACGCACUUCACGGGGUGCCAGCCGUGCAGCGGGCACCGGAACGAGGACUACUCCGGGGAGAGCUGCGACGAGGGCAUGCGGCGCGCGCUCAACUUCGCCGACGACCAGGUGCUCAGGGCGUACGGGUUCCGGCACGCCGGCCCGCUCAGCGACGACGUGACACCGCUGCCGUUCGGUUACCCCGCGAAGCAGUGAUAAAGGCGACGAGCCAUCGACAAACCUGAUGAGGGGUUUUGCAUAGCUUGUCCAUGCUUUCAGACAUGGUGCUCGUUUCGUUACAUUCGAUGCCCCUAUAUUACCCCUCUCCUUUUGAACGAACACAAUUAUAACUAAAAUCACUUAUUUACCAAUUAAUGUAACCAACUAGAGCUGUCUACCGAAAAAAAAUAGUUUCAAAUUGUCUGGAAAUUGCACUUCAAAAUGUUGUUUGUAAAAUGGUCUACCCAAAACUAGGUCUGGAAACCACAACUCAAAAGAGACCGAACGCAGAAAGAAGUAAACAGAAAAAUACAGACAGACGCAGAAACAAACAGGCCGCAACAGCUUUCAUUGUUUAGGCCAGCUGCACCAUGAGUGCCACUUCGAUAUUCAGAGUACAGCAUUCCAACCAUUC